AUGGGUACAUUGUGUGCAGUUAUUAUGAACAUAAAGUAUUGGUCAUGGUUUGCAACUUUUGGUACAUAUUGGGUCGUUAAUAUCCCUCUACUAUGUAUGGAUGUAACACGUAAACCUAAAUCACUUUACCAAUAUAAAAUUCAGUUGAACAAAUCGCUUGACAUUACAAAACUCAAAAAGUUAUUCAAGGUGAUACUAAUCAACCAACUAUUUUACGCCUUGGUCGCCAUGUGCGCGUACUAUAUCAUUGCUAAAUGGCGUGGAUGUAGUACAAGUAGUAGUGAUUUGCCGAGCGGCGGAAGGAUACUGAUCGAUCUACUCGGUUGUGUGGCUUUUGUCGAAGUAACUUUCUACUACUCACACAGGAUAAUUCAUCACCCAUUGCUGUAUAAACACAUACACAAACUCCAUCAUGAAUGGACGGCUCCUAUUGGUCUAACGUGCAUCUACGCUCAUCCAAUCGAAUUCAUGUUUUCGAAUAUAUUACCUGUGAUUGGUGGACCGAUCGUGAUGGGAUCUCAUCUCAUUGUACAUUGGCUGUGGUUGGUGAUUGCAAUGGUCUUCACUAGUUUUGACCAUAGCGGGUAUCAUUUUCCGAUGAUGAAGUCUCCGGAAAUUCACGACUUUCAUCAUUUGAAGUUCAACGUCAACUACGGAUUCACUGGUGUACUGGAUUGGUUACACGGAACUGACACUAUGUUCAGAAACAACGUCGCCUUUAAGCGGAACAAGACAUUCAUUGGAAUAACCCCAAUGUCUAAGACAUAUCCUGAUGAUCGAAAAAAACAUUAG